UGCUCGCCCUAGUAGUGUAGUACGUGGCUAUUUUACCCACCCCACUCGCCGUGAAUACCCUCUCCACCAACACCGAGAGGCACUACCGCAGCAGCGCGGGAGCAGGCCCGGCAGGCAUGGGCGUGCUUCGGAGCACGCAGAGCCUUGAGGCGGAGGUGGACGAGCUGCGCGCCGCGCUCCUGGCGGGCGGGUGGCGCCGCUCGGCGGGCCACGCGGACGCUAAGCGCGCUCCCCGGGGUGACGCCGGAGGGGCCGCGGCGCGCGCCGUGUGCGUAACUGGCGGCAUCUCCUUCGUCGGGUUCGCCGUCGUCGACCGCCUCCUCCGGCACGGGUACACCGUCCGCCUCGCGCUGGAGACGCAAGAGGACAUGGACAAGCUGCGGGAGAUGGAGAUGUUCGGCGAGGACGGCCGGGAUGGGGGGGUGUCGACGGUGAUGGCGAACGUGAUGGACCCGGACGGCCUGCGCCGCGCCUUCGACGGGUGCGCCGGCGUGUUCCACACCUCCGCCUUCGUCGACCCCGGGGGCAUGUCCGGCUACACGAAGCACAUGGCAGCGUUAGAAGCCCAAGCAGCGGAGCGGGUGAUUGAGGCCUGCGUCAGGACAGAGUCCGUCAGGAAAUGCGUCUUCACCUCUUCCUUGCUGGCGUGCGUGUGGAGGCAGGACUACCCUCAUGACCGGCGGUGCCCUACCACCAUCGACGAGAGCUGCUGGAGCGACGAGAGCUUCUGCCGCGACAACAAGGAAGAAGCCACAUACUGUGAUGCGUCGUUUUUCCAGCUGUGGUUCGCACUUGGCAAAACGGCGGCAGAGAAGGCUGCGUGGAGGGCGGCGCGGGGACGAGACCUGAAGCUGGUCACCAUCUGCCCCGCGCUUGUCACUGGUCCGGGGUUCCGCCGCCGCAACUCCACCGCGUCCAUCGCGUAUCUCAAAGCAGGGGCUCGAGCCAUGCUCGCCGACGGCCUGCUCGCCACGGCAAACGUGGAGACGGUGGCCGAGGCGCACGUCCACGCGUACGAGGCGAUGGGCGACAACACCGCCGGCGGCAGGUACAUCUGCUACGACCACGUGGUCAAGCGGCCCGAGGAGUUCGCCGAGCUGGAGCGGCAGCUGGGGCUGCCGGGAGGGGCCGCGCCCGCGCCCGCGCACGGCUCUGACGACCGGCCGGCCAGGUUCGAGCUUUGCAAGCGGAAGCUGUCCAGGCUCAUGUCCUCCAGGAGGAGGUGCGCGUACGACACCUACUACUCCGUCGCGUUUGAGGUUUGACUAGCUACUAGCUAGCUCAGGCGGCGAAGGUGCAUUUGCCAUGAAGGGGGGAACCGCUGGCACUGACGACGAGAAAUCGGCGCAGCAAGGGUUGAUCACCAGUAUGCAAUCUGUGGUCCAUUGACAAGAGUGGACAGUGGACACCGGAAGCGAAGCGGAGCAAUAGCAAAGCUCUGCUUGAUGUCCUUGUGGACGGGGAAGGAGCAGGGAGAGGGAGAGCCAAGUGUUUGUGCAAUUUUGUACAGAAUAUUCAUGCAACAAUAAAGGCGAGUCAUCCAUAGGCAGCGCGCAUCACAA